AUGGACCGCAUCAAGGAGAAACUCAACUCGCUCCGUGUCGAGGCUGACGCCGCGGCUGAGCGCGCCGACGAGCUGGCGGCCAAGAACAAGCAGCUGGAGCAGGAGCUGCUGACCAAGGACCAGGAGAUUGCGUCGUUGCAGCACAAGCUGAGCGUGGCCGAGGGCGACCUUGACAAGCUCGAGGGCAAGCUGCACGAGCACAAGGCGGUGCGCGAGGAGCACGAGUCCAACGCCACCAACUCGGAAUCGCUGCAGCGUAAGGUCGACCUGCUCGAGAGCGAGCUCGACACUGCCGAGAAGAACCUGCGCGAGACCACGGAAAAGCUGCGUCAGGUCGACGUCAAGGCGGAGCACUUUGAGCGCCAGGUGGCGACGCUGGAGCGCGAGGUGUCGCAGUGGGAGAAGAAAGUCGGAGCCGGAGGUCGCAAAGUCGAUGCUGCAAGCACCCGCGGCAGCACGUCGGACAGCGUUGGCCGAGACGACAAUGGGGUUGCAGCGGAGGAGCAAUCGCUGGCGGCAGGCGAGGAGGAAGAGGUGGAAGGCGAGCAAGAGAUGGACGACGGCGGAGUGGUCAGCAUGGUGCGGAGCUUGUCGCAGCGGUCGCUCAGUCUGGUCAAGCCGGCAGUGCAGGAGCUGCUGGUGACUUUGCUGGGCGUCUGGGCGCAGAUGCUGCUCAUGCUGCUCGCUUCUGGGCAUGCUGCAGCAUCGCCGGACUACGCAAGUCCCGACAAAGGUGGCAGUGACACGACCAGCAAAGAGCCGGAAGAGCCGCAAGGCGAUUCGCAGCCGACCUUACAGGAUGCGCUGUCACCCAGAACCAUGCUUGCGGCGUUGCCGCCGCAAGUCUGUACCUGA